UUCACGCAAUAUCAUUUAAAAGAUAAAAUGCUUACACCUUAUAAGAACCGAACCGAAGGCAUUUAGGAGCAUAAACCCAGGAAGAAGAGCCAAAGCUUUAGAAGCUUUUGGUUGGGAGAAGAGAAUUUGAAUGUCGGGAACCAUAAUUGGCAAGUUCAACCCUUUACAUGGUGGUGACAUCAUCCUCUCUCUGUUUCACAAGCAGACAUUUGGCCAUUUGAAGCAAAUCCACUCCCUCUUCAUCACCUUUGGCCUCUCCCAAAACCCUUUCUUCCUCGCCAAGCUUGUUACUUCCAUUGCAGCCUCUCAACCUAGCCAUCUUGCCUACGCUUCGCUGCUCAGUGCAACCUCUCAACCUAGCCAUCUUGCCUACGUUUCGCUGCUCUUCGACGGGGUAGAAGCACCUGUUGGCGUGACUUCACCCACCACUCAUUUAUGGAAUUCCAUAAUCAGAUCAUUCUCUACGAGUUCAGAACCUCGCAGGUCCCUCAUUUUCUAUUCAAAAAUGCGCACAAAUGGUAUUGCUCCCGACAAGCACACCUUCCCUUUGCUUCUCAAGGGCUUUUCCAAGUUGGAAAACGAAAACCCAUUUCAGUUUUAUGCUCAUAUAGUCAAGUUUGGAUUGAAUUUUGACCAAUUUGUGAGGAAUUCAUUGAUAUAUGCAUUUUCUGGUUGCGGAUACUUAGAGUCUGCCAACCAUGUGUUUGAUGAAAGUACGCACAAAGAUGGGACUGCAUUUAUUGACGGGUAUGUGAAAAACGGUCGUGCCCUGGAAGCAAUCAAGUGCUUUUUGGAGAUGAGAUUGAUGGGAAUUAGGGUCGAUCAGGUGACAGUUGUUAGUGUUCUUUGUGCUGCCGGAAUGACUGGUGAUAUUUGGUUUGGACGGUGCGUUCAUGGGUUCUAUGUGGAAGCAGGUAGAGUACAAUGGGAUGCCUAUGUUGGUAGCGCUCUUCUGGAUAUGUACAUGAAGUGCGGCUACCAUAAAGAUGCUUGUAAAGUUUUUAAUGAAAUGCCAGUUAAAAAUGUAGUUUGUUGGAGUGCCUUGAUAGCAGGUUAUACACAAUGUAGCAAAUAUAAAGAUGCAUUGCUUGCCUUGAAAUAUAUGCUUUCAGAGAGCAUCAGACCUAACCAAUCUACAUUCACGAGUGUACUUACUUCUUGUGCACACCUAGGGGCGCUAGAUAGAGGAAAGUCGGUUCAUGGUUACAUAUGUAGGCAUAAAAUUCCGGUGAACUCGUUACUUGGAACAUCAUUAGUAGAUAUGUAUGCAAAAUGUGGUUGCAUUGAUGUGGCUCUAUCUGUUUUUGGAAAGUUGCCCACCAAGGAUGUCUUUACUUGGACUGCCAUGAUUAGUGGGUUGGCAAUGGACGGGGAUGCUUUGAAAGCUUUGAACUUCUUCUCACAUAUGUUACAGAGUGGGGUUCUACCUAAUGAAGUAACCUUCAUUGGUGUUCUUAGUGCUUGUUCUCAUGGAGGUCUUGUAGAUGAGGGACGUAAGCUUUUUGGUUCAAUGAAGCAGGAUUUUCAUUUGGAGCCUACUGUAGAUCACUACGGUUGUAUGGUUGAUUUACUUGGUAGGGUUGGGUUUGGUGUCUGUGUGAUUCAUAAGAAUUUUGAGCUAGGGGAACUUGUAGGAAAUCAUCUGAUCAAGCUGCAGUCAAAUCACAGUGGACGAUACAUACUUUUGUCAAACUUGUACUCGACAUGGAAAAAAUGGGAAAUAGAUGCUGGCAUAAGGAAGCUCAUGAAAGGGAAACGUGUUGAAAAGAUAACAGGGCAUAGCUGGAUAGAAGUCAAUGGUGCAAUUUUUGAGUUUGCUGCUUUUGACAAAUCGCAUUCUGAAUCAGAUAAUAUAUAUUUGAUACUGGACAACAUGUUCGUCCAAUUGAAACUCGCUGGUUAUGUUCUAGAUACUAACCUACUUGCGUUUGACAUUGAUGGAAGCUGAGUAUAACAUAUCAUCUCCCAAGCAUGAUGAUUUUCUCAUUGACAAGGAUGGUUAGCUUUGAACUUUAUUGCAUACUCCAAAUUCAAUGCAUCAUGGUGUGUUGACUUCUUGCCUUAUUGAUUGAAGUGCUUGUAGAUACUUGGAACCUUUGUUAGACAAUUCUACAACUUAUGCUUGACCUUUUUUUUUUUU